CGACGAGUGCUACGCAUGCGCGUGGAGGCAUGGCGCGGGCGCGGCCAGGUGCUCUCUGCGCCUGCGCAAGGGGAGCCAAGCGCGCAGGCGCAGAAGUUCGAGCCAGCGGUUAGGUGGAUGGAGCCGUCCCACCGGCGCUCGCUGCAGCACUUGCCGCGCUCCGGGCACGACCCGCCACACCCCAGAGGCACAAGUGCCAGUCCUGUUCAGAUGGAACCAGAUGUCAACCCUCAAGAUGAGAAGCAGCAUCGGAAAAGUACCAUGAGAAGAUCCACACAAGUCCAGCGAGAAGACAUCGAUGGCCCCCCAGCCACUUUCAAGCCUCUGUGUCCAGCCAAGCCCUCUCCGAGUUUUUUGGAGCUCCCGUCCACCCACUGGAGGCCCAGCCCGGGUCAGCCGUAUACCCAGACAGCUCGGACUGGGAAGGGGAAGAGACAUUUCUCGCCCGACCACCAGCCCCAGGAAUGCUUCGGGCUCCUCGAGUGCAUGCACAACAACAUCCAGACGCAGACCCAGAUCGCCCAGGCACAGCUGGCCCUCCUGGAGGACAUGCGCGAGUCCAUGAACCUCCUCCUGGCCAAGCAGGAGAAGCCUAGCGAGGAGGGGAUCGGACAGCCGGAGCAGCGGACCCCGAAGCGGGGCGCCUCGCCUCGCCCAGUCAGCUAGCAGCGCCACUGCAGGGCCUUCCGUCCGACACGAAGCCCUUGCCGCUUCCCUGGAGCCGCCACGCCUCCGUGACCCACACCGCGAUAUCCACAUAUUAGCGGUGACCGCAGGAUUUGGGUUCUUUGCUGCGGGGCGAGAGGGGGCUGGAAAAUUAAAAAAAGGUUGUGAUAAA